AUGGGCAACGCCACGCACGAGAACAAAUAUAGACACGGCCGGACCAUUCUGCUUAAGCACCUAGCUCGUUUCGUACUUGCCGGGCAGACUGUGUGGCUGAUUCAAUUCCCAAGACCACCAGAGGAUUGGGCUUUAGACGUUUCGGACAACAAAUUUGCCCCCGUUGCAGGAUCGGAUUUUGCCAUUGCUAUUCAAGCUACCGAUGCCUUUCCUGGCUUCAAUUUUUGGCCUGAGAUAGCGCCUAUAAACAAUGCCAAUCAACAUGGCUCUUUCGGUUACAUUCAAGGGUUUGAAACAGGAACAAGUAUCAACGAUCAGAUGGUCAAUCUUCGUAGCAAAGAUCAACCUCCAGCCCUGACUCCCCUUGGUCAAACCACUCUUAUGCCAGACGAGGUUGUAACAUUGGUUGAACGCGCGGACCCUUCUCCGUCGCUAAAAGGCCCCUUCGCCAACGCCAUUGCCCAGAACCCAGCGAUUGUGCUUCGAACUCCUACCGAUGUCAACAACGGCGACUCUGUCUUGCAAAGACUUGUCAAGCGCUUGCUACCAGCAGCUGACUUAGACCGCCCGCUAGGAGCGGGUCUAUCGUUCAAUCAACUCAUUGCAGCGAAUCACAAGUGGGCUUUUCUUUUAUCUCGGGAGAGGGGUCUUCCUAUGAUAAAACCCGAAUACAAAGGAGUCUGGUAUGAGGACUUCAAGGCCGAUGGGACGAAGAGUGGGACUUCACGGAAUUACCGAUUACCAGUCUGCGCGGAGGACUGCGGACCUCAGGCGAUAGCAGAGCCUCAACCCCGAGCUCUCACUCCUCCUCCCGAUCUCGAUCCUUCAGCAUGGCUACAUGUGCCUGAUGGCGAUUUUGAUUUGAUGAUGCCUCAGUUUGACAGUCCCGCCAAUCAAUUAAAUCAAGCAAGAGAAAAUGCAGUGCAAGCUCGACUCGGAGGCAAUCCAUACCCUGAGCUGGGCGGCUACCAUCAAGGAAUGGAGCUGGAACCACUACAGGGCACCUGCUCUAUUCAAAAGCGACAUGCCGGUCUUCCUAGUCUACAGAAACGAGACUGCACCGAUCUCUCACUGAAUAAGCAAAGAGUGAUCCAGAUAGGCAAGCUUGACGGUAAAACGCUUACAGCGCUGGAGAUGACCAAGGCAAUUCCCCAUCCAGUCUCUGCAGACGUUGCAGCGAAGGCAGGCUUGGCUGCAGGCACAGCUGCAAACGUUGGCGCAGGCAUUACAUUCUUGGUCAUAGAUCUCAAGGAUGGUGAUGUGGAGGGGGCAGCUUUUGGCAUCGCGGGCACUGCGGCUUCCGUAGCCACUGCAGCCAUUGAAACAUUCACUGCUGGUCUCGUAAGCUCAGUCGCUGUCUUUGCCGACCUAGCACUCAUUCCACUCUUUCUCACCUUGCCAGCUGUGAUCAAAGAGGUCAAAAACUAUCCCCUGAACGAUAACAAAGUCGAGCUCAUGCAAUUCAGCAUGUUCGGCAACAAGUCCAUGACGGGCAACGAAGGCUGUCGCACACCUACCGAACAAAACGCAACUCCGGAUCCAAAGUGUGAGGUUCUUUACGGGCCUGGUACAUUAGAGAAAGUCUUCACUGAAUGGGGCCACCUGGAAUCUGCAGCUUUCCUCCUCGCAUGUACAGGAGGCUACCCAGCCACCCUCCCAGUAAUGGUCCAAUGCUUCGAAACAAUUCCAGGUGCCUACUUCGGCUGCCGCAACGGCGCCAACGGUCGCGGCGUUGCCUCCCAAGUAUGCUCCCACCGCGCCUACCCAUCCCUCGAUCUUACCAAAAUCCCCCUCAGCAUCACCCAAUACAAUCUCGACGGCAGCACCCAAGUCAUCCAGAAACCCGCAUCUGAAAUCAAUAUUAUCGACACAGACGGCAGUGGCGACUGCCUUGUCAGAGCCGACGUCGCAGGCGGCUACGAAAUCAAAGAACACAAUACCAUCUACACCGGCCCCCCGUUACCAUCGCGUGCGGCGUCACCGCCUCCUGGAGCUGGGACCGCUACAAACGGCAAUGGCGCUGUCGCGGUGCUUGAAUCACCUCCUCCUGCCCCAGCCCCUGCGCCUUUAAAGGGGUAUGAUGAAAGUAACGGCGUCUGCUUCAACACUCCCAAGGUAAAUCUCUGUCUCCCAGAGGGCACUUACGACAUCAACAUGCGCGACUGGGGGUUCCAAUUCUUCGACGCCAGCUCCAUCACCGGCGUCACCGGGUCCAUCACUUUCACUAACAAAGACAACUACGUGCCCCCAACCCUCCGGAUCCCAGACCCGCCCUCUAACUUCCAGGACAUUAUCAAGCAAGGCUGGCAGGGCGACGAACACGCGCUCAUCCACAUCGCCACAGACACUCCCUCGCCAGACGGAGCUUGCUUCGCGCAACACGUAAACGGGUAUGGCAGUGUAGCGUGCCUCGUCGCUGGGAGCGCAAACAAUCUCACGGAUCCAAGGAUGGUGGGGAAGGUGCAGUCGGUUGGUCUCAGGGGUAAGGCGCAGGUGGCGCUUUAUUCGGAUCAGUAUGGGGGGAAGAGCUCUGCGCUUAUCUCAGCUGACGCAACGGAUUUAGGGGAGAAAGGGGUGGGAAAAGAUAAUGCGGAUCGGUGGGGGGAUAAUGUUAGGGGUGUUUGGGUGUUUGUGCCUGGAAAUGGGACGGUGGGGGUGGGAGGGCAGGUGAGGAGAAAGCGUAGGUGGGAUGCAGAGAAACUGGGAGAUCUGGUGCUGCGGCGGCGGAGAAGUUUAAGGAAGUAA